AUGGCAGCCGCUGUCGUGUCAGGCAAAGACAUUGAGAAGCCUCAAGCGGAGGUGUCUCCAAUCCAUCGUAUUCGUAUCACUUUGACCUCCCGUAACGUGCGCUCGCUCGAGAAGGUCUGCUCGGACCUCAUUAAUGGCGCCAAGAAGCAAAAGCUUCGCGUCAAGGGUCCAGUGCGUAUGCCGACCAAAGUGCUCCGCAUCACAACCCGUAAGACACCCUGCGGUGAAGGUUCCAAGACCUGGGACAGGUUCCAAAUGAGGAUCCACAAGAGGGUCAUCGACCUCCACUCACCCUCGGAGAUCGUGAAGCAGAUCACCUCCAUCAACAUUGAGCCCGGUGUAGAAGUGGAAGUGACCAUCGCCGAUGCUUAA